AUGGGGAUUAGGGUUUGGCAAACUGGGAUCGUGAUAUUGGUAUUAUGGGUCCGGCUAAUUUCUGCCACCGAACCCACCUCUUGCCCGACGGAGUCCGUUACCGAUGCGAUCUUUGGCUUCCGGUAUUCCAGUUGUCCCGCUAACGGCGGUGCCAGAUCCGUUGAUUCCAUCGGUGUUAUCGUGGGAGAUGAGGUUUCAUUACAAAGGGCAUUAAAUAUGGUUCACAAGAAUACUCAUGAAUAUGUGGCAGUGCUAUUCUAUGCAUCAUGGUGCCCUUUCUCGAGGAUGUUUAAACCAACGUUUUCCAUCCUAGCUUCUUUGUAUCCAUCCAUCCCGCAUUUUGCAUUUGAAGAAUCUGCUAUCAGGCCAAGUAUACUCUCUAAGUAUGGAGUUCAUGGAUUUCCUACUAUUUUCAUUUUGAAUUCUACUAUGCGUGUUCGGUAUCAAGGCUCCCGGACUCCUGGUUCUCUUAUUGCUUUCUACAGUGAUAUUACUGGCAUCAAGACUGUAUCGCUGGACCAAUUGUCCCUGGAAAAGAUCGGAUACCCACUAAAUCAUGAGAAGCAUGAUAGCACUGAGCAAGAAAGCUGCCCUUUUUCAUGGGCUAGAUCUCCAGAGAACAUGCUUCGGCAAGAAACAUAUUUAGCUCUGGCCUCUGCUUUUGUGCUUCUGAGAUUGCUUUACUUCUUUUUCCCUGCUCUACUUUCGUUUGCUCAAAGCGCAUGGAGACGGAAUAUCCGACACAUGAGAUUGGGGAGCUUGUUGGAGCAACCGUUGGCCUUUCUGAAGCGAGCAGUACAGUUAUUUAAUUCUCUAAAAGAGCCUUGCAAAAGGAGUAAUUUGCAGGAAGGAGCAAUGAACGCCAGGGUUUGGGCUUCCAAGUCACUUGCCACAGUUUCCAUUGGGGAUGCAAGCACCAGCAGGGGGUACAGCAGUGACUGA